GAGGUGGAGUCUGGGGUGGGAAGGGAGAAGAAAGGGGAGAGGAGGAAAACGGGGAGAAGGCAGAUACAACAGAAACGGGGGGAGGACGGCGGAGCAAUUACGCGUAUAGAAGUCGCCUUGCAACAAAUUUCACCGCCGCGGCGAACAGGAACAAAGCAAGAUGAUAACGCCUUACUUCCUGGAGAAUUUCUGGGGAGAAAAAAACAAUGGAUUUGAUGUUCUCUACCACAACAUGAAGCAUGGCCAAAUCUCCUCCAAGGAGCUAACAGAUUUCAUCAGAGAAAGGAGCACUAUUGAGGAGGCCUAUGCCAGGUCAAUGACCAAACUUGCCAAGUCAGCUGGUAAUUUUUCUCAGCUCGGGACAUUUGCUCCAGUGUGGGAUGUGUUUAAGAGCUCCACAGAGAAGCUGGCCAGCUGUCACCUGGAGCUUGUGAGAAAGCUGCAGGAACUUAUAAAAGAGGUGCAGAAGUAUGUGGAUGAGCAGGCCAAGGCACACAAAAAGACAAAGGAAGAGGUGGCUUCCACGCUGGAGGCCGUCCAGAACAUCCAGACCAUCUCUCAGGCCCUGCAGAAGUCCAAGGAGAUCUACAAUGCCAAAACCGUGGAGCAGGAGCGCCUCCGCAAGGAGGGGGCCACCCAGAGAGAUGUGGACAAGGCUGGAGUAAAGGCCAAAAAAGCCACAGAAACCUACAAGUCCUACGUGGAGAAAUAUGCCACAGCCAAGUCCGAGUUCGAACAGAAGAUGGCAGAAACUGCACAGAAAUUUCAGGACAUCGAGGAAAGCCACAUUCUCCACAUGAAGGAGAUCAUUCAGUCAUACUCACAGUCUGUUGACGAGACCCACAUUCAAAUAGGAGAGGUCCAUAAUGAAUUUGUGAGGAACAUGGAGAACACCUCAGUGGAGAGCUUAAUACAGAAACUGUCUGAGAGCAAAGGAACGGGCAAAGAGAGACCAGGGCCCAUUGAGUUUGAGGAGUGUAAUGCGGCUGUUGCUACUGAAGGUGCCAAACCCAGGAAGAGAAAAACAUUUGCCAUCCCAGGCCGCAGGAAAGACAAGGACACAGACUCCACGGAGUCCACAGAAGUUGAAGCUGCUAACACAGCCAAUGGAGCUCCCCCUGGAUACUAUGGGGCCAUAGACUUCCAGAAUGCUAACGUUCCCCAGGUUGAUGCAGAGGGCUUCUGUGUCAGACCAGAAGUUAAUGAAAAUGAUGCCAAAGAGAAUUCCUUCUACUCAUCCAGCGACUCUGAGGAUGAGGACGAACCCAGGAAGUUCCACGUGGAGAUCAAGCCCGUUCAGCCCAACAACGGCACGCAUCAGAACCGGGCUACCAUCGAUGAGCUCAAGGCUUCCAUCGGAAACAUCAUCCUGUCGCCCUCCACCUCGGGACAAAUAAGGAGGAACCAGUCUAGUAUGGCAGGAGUACCCAUAUUAAGAUCUAAGGCUCAGGGUCGUGGUGAUGAACUGGCAAAGACCAGAAUGCCAGCGUCUUACGAACUGAGCAGUAAUGACCUUCUGUCUCUGGACCCACUCAGCCCGACUCUAGCAGGCUCCUCCUCCAUGUCCUCAUCAACAGUGCCAGCACUGAACCGACCUACCACCCCGCUGACAGCUGGAGCCCUGGUUCCCCCACCACGCCCCUCCUCCCGGCCCAAACUUCCCGCUGGAAAACUCACAGGAAUCAAUGAGAUUGUACGGCCGUUCAGUCCACCCAAGACGUCUAAUGCCAGCCCUCCUCCUACCGCUCCCCUGGCCCGGGCAGAGAGCUCCUCCUCCCUGUCCUCGAAUGCGUCCGUCAGUGCCAGCAACACCCCCACUGUUGGGACGUCUCGCGGUCCCAGCCCUGUGACCCUGGCAUCCCAAGAUGCUUUACCCAUUGCUGUGGCCUUCACAGAAUCGGUUAAUGCUUACUUCAAAGGAGCUGAUCCCACUAAGUGCAUUGUGAAGAUCACAGGAGACAUGACCCUCUCGUUCCCCAUGGGCAUUAUCAAGGUGUUCACCACCAACCCCUCACCAGCUGUGCUCACCUUCAAACUGAAGAACACCAGCAAGCUGGAGCAGAUCCUCCCCAACCAGCAGCUACUGUACAGCGAUCCCUCCCAAAGUGACUCAAAUUCCAAGGACUUCUGGUUCAACAUGCAAGCACUGACGUCCUACCUCAGAAAAGCCUCAGAUCAGAAUCCUUCAGCUUCCUACUAUAACGUGGACAUCCUGAAAUACCAGGUGCUGUCUAAUGGGAUCCAUUCCACUCCUCUUAACCUGGCUGUGUACUGGAAGUGUAGCCCAAGCACUACAGACCUGCGGGUAGACUACCGCUACAACCCCGAGUCCAUGGCGUCCCCGGGGCCGAUCAGCAACGUGCAGAUCUUAGUGCCUGUUGACGGAGGGGUCGCCAACAUGCAGUCCCUCCCCACCGGCAUCUGGAAUUCAGAGCAGAAUAAAUUUCUAUGGAAGUUGAACGACAUCUCGGAAAAGUCUGACAAUGAAGGCGCUGGGUCUCUGAGGGCCAAGUUUGAACUGUCCAGCGGCCCGUCGACCCCGACCACUCUGGCAGUGCAGUUCAUGAGCGAGGGGAGCACCCUGUCAGGGGUGGACAUGGAGCUGCAGGGCACCGGCUACAGACUGUCUCUCAGCAAGAAGAGAUUUGCCACAGGACGCUAUAUGGCAGAUUGCUGAGGCGGCCCACCACUCUGAUUCUCAAGCAAAAAAAAAAAGAAAUUCUCGCUUGAAAGAAAAAAAAGUUGAAUGUGCAACCCUUCGCGAUGCUUCCUGAACUUCUGGAUCCGUCUGAGCGCAGUCGUCUAAACAUGCUUUCACCCGGGAAGUGAGCCUCUCACUACAGUAAAGCAGCACUGAGUAUUGAACACUGUUUAAAAAAGAAGAAUACAUGAAAGAAAACUAAGAGGAUGAGCUUUCAGGAAAUGUGUAGAUAUGAGAAUGAAGUCUAAUGCUUUCUGAUCGACUCAGUUUUUUUGUAUAGUCACAAACAAUUUAUGGAUUAGAUAUAAAUCUAUAUUGUAUUUGAAAUCCUAAAAAAAAAAAAAAAGAAAAGAAAGAAAAAAUGUGCACUAACAAUCUUUCCGGCCAUUUUUAGAUACUCCGUUUUUUUUCCCCGCUCAUUUUCAUUUUUACAAGAGCGUAUGAGGAAUACAAAGCAGAACGAUGUUGGGUGGAAGAGGAUGUAAAAGAGAAAAAUGAACACUUGUUUCUCCCCUCGGUCUCUCUGCACUGUAAAUAUUAACACUGAAUCCUCUGUCAGACUCUCAGCGCAGUACCAGUUACUGGUUUUUGUCUUUUCUCCCUUGUCACUUCCCUUUUAGUUUGAUCAUGUGCAAUGAAGCAAUGAAGGUAGAAUCUGACUUUAACAGGAUGAAUCCUCUCUCACACACUCGUGGCACAAGUUUGAUUUAGUACCUUUAAAAUAAUUUUGAAGUGCUUUCAAACAAAUGCAAAAAAAAAAAAAAAAAAAAAAAAAUCGGACCUCAGUGCCUCCUCUUCUACUGUGGAUCAACAGGCAACAAAAGUGUGUCAUUGUUUUACCCAAAUUUGGGUCUCCAGAUUUUUUUUUUUUUUCCUCAAACAAUCGCCUCAAACAGGGUCUAUGGUCAGCACAGGCUUUUUAAAGUUGGAUUUAAAUUACUGUUUCAGAUAAGGCUGGAACUUUUGAAUCAUGUUCUGGAAUAAAAAAAGAAUUGCUCAGCAGUCUUGCCCGGGAAACAGAAACAUUGGGUCAAAUGUUAGAUGCUUUAAUAAAAACAAAACAAAACAAAACAAAAAAAAAAACAAGGGAAAUUACCCUUAAGAAGCAUGAAGACAAGCUUCACUUCCAUUUUUGAAGCUGGUAGUCGAUUUUUUUUUUUCCAUCAGGAAGGUAAUGACACUUUUGUGCCCUUUAAUGGAGAAAUGUGCCUAAUCUAACUUUUCUCUAUUCUUUUUGUAUACUGAAGCACAGUUUUAAUGAGAAUAGCGCCAUUCUUGUGCCAGUCGUGUUUUAUACUCCUUUAUUUGGAUGUUGAAGGGAAAAUUAGUCCACUUUAUACAAGCCGACUGUCUUCCAGAGAUGAAUGAGUCAUGUUUGCCUUUUCUGCAAUGAGGUUUUGUCACUGAACUCUUUUUAUAAGUAGCCUUUUUUUUCUAUUUGAUAAUUGUCAAAACACCUCGAUUUCUCAUACACUCAUUGUAUAAUAGACGGUGUCACUAAGACGUAGCAUUACAAGGCCAAAAUAAUUAUUGAAAUGCCUUAUCAGAAAAUCCUUAACACUGAAUAAUCCAGUGUUGUUGACUGUGAUUAGAUGUUAUAUUGACACAGUACUGCCAUGUUUGGUGCUCGGUGCUGAUUCUACACAACACUUUUCAGUCUUUUCUUAAAGCUAACAGGGCUACUGCUGCAGAGGCUGGUCUCCUUGAUGGAGUUAAACAGACUCUCUCUUACUCUUGCAUACAGCUAAAAGCACACUUUCUAUCAAAUACUUUGUAAUGAUCCUGCGGCCGCGCGCGCCGUGAAUUGAUAAGCUGCAACGUGACAGCUGGAGAUGUGAUCAGUUGCAUGGAAACUGUGAUUGCAAAUCGACCAGACACAGGAGUUCCAUGCGCUGCUCGUCGCACGGCCAACUAACCUCUCAGACGGGACUCGAUGAGAACUGCCUUUUUUCACAUCAUUUUUCCCUCAUUGCUAUGAAACAUGGAUCCCUUUUCUGAUUCAUUUGUUGGUUUACAGGCAUCUCGGUCUCAUGUGCCUAGCCCCAUCUCCAUACUUCACUCAUGUAAUGUUGUCUUUGGAAACGUGAUGGCUGAUGAUUUAUUUAAUUGCAGUUCACAUAUCUGGCCAGGAUGAUCGUAAGAAUUAGGGCAUGAUAACUCUAAAUCAUCAGUUUUUAAUGUUUUUUGUAUGAUUUGUUUUUUUUAAUGGUGUUUUGCACCAUAUUUAAGACUAAGGUUUUAAUAAUACUACAGAAGCUGAAAUGGAUGAUGACCUUUUCACUUCACUUGUGUCUCUGUAACUUAAAUUUUUGUAUUUUACUUUGUACCUUAAUCAGCCAGAUCUUGUGAACUAGUUCAAAGAGGAGUUUACAUGAAAUCCUGAUAUUGUACCGCCAGACAUUUGUAAAGUGAGAUGUCACCAUUGGGUCAAAUUGGGGGUUUUUUGUGUUCGGUGUCAUCAAAGCCGACUCUUAAUCAUAACAAUGUCCUGUAUUUGUGAGAUGAGCCCGAUACAGAAACAGUACACAGCAUAUGUGCUUGCAGUCCAUAUUAGCAAGCUGGUUCUUGCUAGCUCGACAAAACAUUCAAAACUAAUUUCCAAGGCUCCUUUUUGGUCACUUUCACAUUCUUUCUUUGUAUGUUAUGUUAAAAAGAGUUUAAAAAAAAAAAAA